AUGGCGGGCGUAGUCGCUCUUACGGUGAUCAUCAUGGUGGCAUUUACGAUCGGGAAGACGGUGGGCGAUUUUUGGAGGAACGUUGGCUAUGCGAAGAGGAGCGGAUUGCCGUACAUCGUUGGUCCUUUCUACAUCAUCGGCUACCAGUGGGUCUUUCUCGCGGCAAUCCUACGGCCCGUCCUGCACCGGAUACCCCCCGUGAGGAGUUCGGGCUGGUUCUCUCUUCUCGACCGGAAUGUCUCCUGGACUUCCCCUCGCGUCGCCGAACACCGGUACGGGGAUACCUACCUCGUCGUCACCCCAUUCAUCAUCUAUUUGAGAACCUCGAAUGCGGAACUCGUAUCCCAGAUCACGACGCGAAAAACGGACUUCCUGAAGCCGGUGCGGAGUUACAAGAUUGUGGACCUGUUUGGGAAGAGCAUUUUGACGCAGGAGGGGGCGGAGUGGAAGAGGCACAGGAAGAUUGUAGGGCCGAGUUUUAGCGAGAGGAGUAAUAGAUUGGUGUUCGAGGAGAGUGUGAGGCAGGCGGAGGGCAUGAUGGAGCUGUGGGCUGGCAAAGGGGGGAAUACGGGGGCAGUCAUGAAAUUGAGUGACACGGCAGAAGAUGCGGCGACGUUGAGUCUCCAUGUCAUCAGCGCGGCUGGAUUCGGAGUCCCGCAGUUCUGGGAAAACCAAAGGCCGAAAGAUGGAGAGGGAUUACCGGGUUUCAGUACGGAGGAGCUUACAAACGGGCAUCAACUAUCUUUCAAGGUAGGACUGACUGAAUUGUUGAACAAUCUUGUGUGGUUUGUUCUCGUACCGCCUUGGAUGUUAAAGGUCUCUCCAUUCAAAUUCCACCGAAGGGCGUAUCAAGCAUUUCUUGAAUGUUCAACUUACUUCAGAGAGCUGCUAGAAAUCAAAAAGAAACAGAUUUGUCUCGGGGAAAUCGACAAGGGAGCCAUGGAUUUACUAGGCCCGAUGAUCAAAGCAAACUACGAAGAGAACCAGACCGAUCUAUUCGUAGGAGCAACGCUCACUCGCGAAGAAAUCCUUGGCAAUUCUUUCAUAUUCCUCUUUGCGGGCCACGAAACGACGGCCAACAACAUCCACUUCAGUAUUCUUCUCCUGGCUAUGCACUUACCUACCCAACGCCGCAUGCAAGUAGACAUUGACUCUAUCCUCGGCUCCAAAUCCAGCUCUGCCUUCUCUUACCAACACGACAUGCCUCGUCUAUACAACUCCAUGGUCGGAGCCGUGCUCACAGAAGAACUGCGUCUGAUACCCGCAAUUCUCAACAUACCCAAAGUCAUAAGCGGGGAGCAGAACGUGAGCGUAGACGGCAAACAAGUCUGGCUCCCGGAUCAGGUGUUCAUGCAUAUCAACGUCGUAGGCACGAAUCGCAAUCCACGAUACUGGCCCGAAGACCCGGAUGCGUUUAAGCCUGAGCGGUGGCUCCCUCAUGGGCAAAGAGCCGCCGCCGAGGUUUGCACUACCGCCAGCCCCGAGAACGAAGCUGAUGGCCUCGAAAGUACGACCUUCAUCACAUCCACCGCAACGUCCCUGCUCAAGCCCCCCAAGGGAGCAUUCAUGACCUUCUCGGAUGGGGGGCGUGCCUGUCCUGGUCGCCGAUUCGCGCAGGUUGAAAGCACGGCCGUGGUGUCGACGAUUUUUCGGAAGUACAGUGUAGAGCUUGAUGUCUCGGAGUGGGCUAGCGAUGAACAGGUUGCCGAAAUGGGAAGAGAGGCGAGGAAGGCAGUGUAUAGGCUGGCGGUGAGGAGGGCGGAAGGUAUUCUGAGGAGGUGUGAGCAGGUACUCACGUUGAGGAUGGCGAGGGGGGAUGAGGUGCCUGUUCGGUUCGUAGAGAGAGGAAGAGAGAGAUUCGGAGAGUGUUUCUGA